GAACGAUUAUAAUAACUUGAUUCCCAUGCGUGAAAUAUCCCAAAAAGUAGUAGAUGAACAACUACAGAAAGAAAUUCAAGAUUACCAUCGAAGUCUCCACCAACAGCUUUCUACACAAGCAGAUCAGUUGAACCAGUCUAUUCAAAGCCGUCUAUUCUCCAAUAUGUCUUCGAGCGUUCCAGAUCAGAUCGAGGGAUUUACUAUCUCCUCCACCAAGAACUGGAGUGAUUUCAAGAAAGCUAAGUUCCCCGCCAAGAAGUUUGAAGCACAUGAUGUUGAUAUCGUCAACGAGUGCUGUGGAGUCUGCGGUUCUGACGUUCACACCAUCACCGGUGGUUGGGGCGAUUUAGCCACGACCCCUCUCUGCGUCGGCCACGAAAUCAUCGGAAAAGUCCUCCGAGUCGGCGAGAAAGUAACCCUCGUCAAGCCCGGUGACCGUGUUGGAGUUGGUGCUCAAGUCCAAUCCUGCAUGCAAUGUCCACAAUGCAAGAGCGAUAACGAAAACUACUGUCCCAAGAUGGUUGACACAUACAUGGCACCAUAUAAUGAGGAUGAGGGCCACAGUGACACACCCAUGAAGGAUAGCAAUGGAAACCAAAUCUUCUCUCAAGGAGGUUAUUCCAGCCAUUCGAGAGUUCACGAACAAUUCGUUUUCAAGGUUCCAGACGGACUUUCCUCCACUGAUGCAGCACCAAUGAUGUGUGCUGGCCUCACCACAUAUUCACCUCUGGUCCGUGCUGGCACUGGCCCCGGCAAGAAAGUUGCCAUUCUUGGUAUUGGCGGACUUGGACAUUUUGGAAUUCUCUGGGCCAAAGCAUUGGGAGCCGAAGUCUGGGCUCUAUCCCAUUCCCCAAGCAAGAAAGAACAGGCUUUGAAAUUGGGAGCUGAUCAUUUCAUUUCCACCAAGGACAAGGAUUGGCAAAAGCCCCUCGCGUUUACUUUCAACUUCAUCCUCAACUGCGCGGAUAUGACCAAUGAGUUUGACCUCGCAGCUUACAUGUCUACUCUUGCCGUCAACGGAGAGUUCCACAAUGUUGGUCUUCCAGAUAAGCCACUUCCUGAAUUGAUGGCGCAAGACUUCGUUAGCAAUGGUUGCAAAAUCGCUGCAUCACACAUUGGUUCUCGCAAGGAAGCUCAAGCUAUGUUGCAAUUGGCGGCUGACAAGAAGAUCAAGCCGAUGAUUGAGACGAUUGAUAUUAGUGAGGAGGGUUGCAAGAAGGCUGUCGAAAAGGUCAAGGUCAAUGAUGUUAGAUAUCGCAUUACUUUGACUGGAUUUGAGAAGGCCUUUGGUACCAAGGUAGACUACAACAAUUAAAUAAUGGUAAUAGUGAAAUCGGGGUCCAAGAUGUUCGGCGAUGGAUCAGUGGGUUUGUGUCAAUAAUGGUUACACUGUACAUUAGUUAUGGAACGAUAAAAGAGCAAUGAUGAUGUUAAUGAAGCAAUGAUAAGUUUUGUCAAUGAAGUACGAAUUGUCUUCAGCUGAAUGAAUUCGAUGGAUAAAAGAACCAUCUUGACAAAUAAUACAUAUCUCCA